AGCACUCAAAAAGGAGUACCGGUUCUCCGGUGCGAAGAUCGGGGUGUUCACAUGGUCCGGGUGUGAAAUCAAGUGUGUGGGGGAUAUGGCAGUUGUAUACACCUCCGACUCGACACCCAUGGUCUCGUAUAUUAACACACAUGCGGCGCUUGAGCAACGGCGAACCCUGGCCGAAGAAGACCUUGAAAACAAGCGCAGAGGUCCCAGGUGUAUGAUCGUAGGGGCUGCAGACGUGGGCAAGAGUCGUGUCAGUCAGACGCUUAUAAACUAUGCUGUGCGCCGAGGCAGGAAACCUUUGCUGGUCGAUUUGGACUGUGGCCAAGGGGCUGUGACUGUACCCGGGACUAUUAGCGCGGCCCUCUUUGAACGUCCCACCGAACCAGAGCUGGGUAUGACCAAUUCCACCCCCCUGUGCUAUCACUAUGGAUGCACAACGCCGGAGAGAAAGGAAACACACUAUAAAUAUAUCGUCGAAGCCUUGGCAAAAGGCUUAGAUGAACGCUGCUUAAAAGAUGACAAGGUGAGGAGCGCGGGCUAUAUAAUCAAUACACCGGCGUGGGUCACGGGGAAUGGCACUACCCUGCUGAAACAUAUGGUUACAGCCCUCAAAGUAGACGUAAUUUUGGUGCUCGACCACGAGCGGCUGUACUCAGAACUCAGUCGAUGGGCAGCAAAAGAGAACGAAAAGCACGCACAGGCCGUGGAGCAAUUAGUGGAGAAGGAGCAAGCAGAUAGGUUGAAGGACGCACCUGCACCCGGCACAGAGGACGCGGGGGCCAGGGAUAAGGACUACUUUGAUAAGUAUUAUAAUAUCGAACUGGUCAGGCUCUCUAAGUCGGGCGGGGUGGUAACGCGCCCAGAACCAUACAGGCACGACGAGCGGUCUGCACAAAUCCGGCAGUACUUUUAUGGGCAUCCAGUGACGAAAGACGACAAGAUAAUCGGGAGCACGUUAUUCCCGCACUCCCUGGUCGUGCCGUUUGACUCUGUCAAGGUCUUCAAAAUUGGAGCACCACCGGUCCCCCAGUGGUGUUUGCCGGCAGGCGAGGACCCUACCAAAAACGAAACACAAGCAACGCCCGUAGAACUGACCCAGGAACUAGCACAUUCUUUGUUGAGCGUGUCGAGUGCACCAAUGAGCGAGGGGAUAGAUAUAGAUGCGAUAGUCAACUACAGCGUGCAGGGGUUUGUGUAUGUGACGAGCGUCAAUAUGGAGGAUAGUACGAUUACUCUGUUAUCCCCCAGUCCCGGUGGGUUGCCUGGAGAAGUGCUACUGAAAGGGGAGAUAACUUGGGUAGAAUGA